GAACCUGACAUUUGAUUCAUUCUCAGUGUGCUCUGCCUUGGUCCUUUGAAACAGAAUGGACAGUGAGCAAAAGGUCAAAGCUGUUGUUGCUGGUUGCAUAUAUUCAGGGCCACAAUUGACAACAGAGCCAUAGGAAGAUCAUAAUAUUAAAUAUGGCAAAAUGCUUGGUCAAGAUACGGACUCAGCGAAGCCUCCACUUGCACAUGAUGAACCACUGCAGCAGUAAUGUGUUUGUCCGUCUGCUGAAACAUGGCUCCAAGGUCAUACCUCGAAAUGCUGGUACCCCACUGCCUAAAGCAGAUGUUUCUGAGCCCCUGGUUGCCAGUUCACCAGUGAAGGAAGCUCCGAGUGCAGAUCCUCUGAGUGACAAGGAAGAUAAAGUGAAAGAAGACUCCUUGACCAUCUCUGAACUAGUAUACAAUCCCAGAGCCAGGCUGCUCCCUACUGCACUGGAUGAGGAUGAAACUGACAUGCUUUUUGAUUGUCCAUCUUGGCUCGAAUUAGAAAGAGAAGACACAGAUUCAUUUGAGGAACUGGAAUCCGAUGAAAACGCAUUUUUGAUGGCUGAAGAGGAGGAGCCGAAGGAAGCUCGUCAGCCUUUGUCAUGGAGCUAUUCUAUCCUGACCGGCCGUAUCUGGGUCAACCCUAUAGUCAAACGUUGCUCCAGGCUCCUUGUGGUGGGCCUAGGACUGAUGUUAUUUGUAUUUCCCCUGCUCCUCCUCCUUCUAGAGUCAGUCUAUAUGCCAUAAAUGGAAUCAGCAGUACCUGCACAUGUUGGACCCAUCCAAGAUUUGUUUUCCACAUUCCAGCCUCAGUCUCGGACUGGGUAGAUAAGUUCAUGAGUGAGUCCAGAGGAGCUCUGCAGUUAUCACUUCAGAGAAGAAAGAAACACCACUUGGGGCUCAGGCUUCAGCUGUAUGCAUCCAUCCUUUAGUAAAACUGAUUUGAACCCUC